GUCCGUCCCUCCCUCCCGUGUCGCCGAGAAGAACCUACACCACACGGCAUUGUGUUCUGCCCACGGAGCAGUUGCCCGCCUGCCGCAUACCACGUAACCAACUAAAAGUUGGUGAAUACAUACUAUUCCCAAGGAGCUCGGCUCGGCUCGUUUCACCUCACUCGGCUCCAGCUAUCAAUCCCUCCCGCUCUCCAAACAGCACAUCCACACGAAUCCCCCGUUCCUCCGACAGCGGCUCCUCGCGCCGUCACGCCUGCGCAACCCAACUCCAUGCGCGACGACAUGUGAUUGCGGUUGCACGCACGCAGGCCCCCUCGCUCGCCAGACCUCCCCCUCCUCCUCCUCCUCCUCCUCCUCCUCCUCCUCCUCCUCCCCCAGAAGAACAAAACAUGUCGAGCUCGAGGCGCUGGCACCUCCGGCGCGACGACGAGGAGCUGGCCAAAAAGGACGACGACCUCGGCCUCACCCCCAAGCAGCAGCAACAGCCCCGAGGCCAGUGGCAUGCCGUCGCCCAUCCUCCGAGACGGAGCUUGGUCUUGCGCCUCGUCGCCUACCUCGUCGUCCUGUCCGUCUUGCUCUUGUUCCUCAUCCGCGCCAUCACCUCCGGCGACGAUGGCCCCUCGUCCCCGUCCCCUUUCGACAGGGAUGGCGCCUCCUUUCUUCACGACAUCCCCGGCGCAUAUGACUCCCCGCCCAUCCGCGGGCGACCUCCUCCUCUGCCUCUCGACGACCCGGAACCCAAGACGAAAUCCAAGCCGAAGCCGGCGCCCGAGAAAAAGCCCAAGGCGGCCUCGGCUAGCCACGACGGCCUCCAACGCCAGCCCGAGAGCUACAAUGGGCCCAUCAAAUUUUACGAGCUGGCGGCGUCCCUCCGCGCGAUAUCGUCGACCGGCGGCGCCUCCGUCACGAACCGCAAUGUCUUGUUUGCCGCGGCGAGCCUCAGGAGCGCGGCGACGCUGCUGCCCAUGGCGUGCCGCAUGGCCCACGAGAAGACGACCUAUGUCCACUUCGCAUUCAUCGGCCGGUCGACCAUAUCCCUCAAGGAGCUUCUCCAAGUCAACGGCAUUGAUAGGACGUGUCCAAUGAUGAUUCAUGAUGCGCGGCCCAACCACGCCGAUACGUCUACCGAAACACGCAUGGCCCUCUCCGUCGCGCGCGCCUUUUACUACAUCAACUCGUACAUGCACCCACAGGCCGUCCUCGUCGACUCGACUGAUGCCGAGGAGGCCUUCUUCCUUCGCGGCGCUCGCGACGAAAUUUCAUCCACGCACGCUGCUCUCAUCGAGCUUCCCGAUAAGCCUGAGACCCGACUGUCGUGGAUCACAAAGCUGGACGCCCCGGCUCUGGCAGCUUGGAACCGGGUCCGCUUCGACAUCAUCGUGCGCGCUCCGCCUAAAGGAACAGGCAACGUCAAAAGGUUGCUAAACUCGCUCGCCCGCGUGGACCUCGGCGGCCACUCCGUUCCGCAUCUCACCGUCGAACUGCCGAGUCUCAUCGAACCCUCGCUUCAGAGCUUCCUAGCUCGAUAUCAGUGGCCCCCGUGGGGAGGGGUCGAGAAGCCGCUGCCGCAAAUGAUGUCUCUACAUCGCCGCAUUCCCAGCCACCGCAUCAGCGAAGAAGAGAGCUUGGUGCGAUUCCUCGAGUCCUUUUGGCCGCUGGACCCCGUCAACUCCCACGUGCUAGUCCUGUCUCCGAACACAGAGGUGACGCCUCAGUUCUUCCACUAUCUCAAAUUCUCCGUCCUCUUUUAUCGGUAUUCUCGAGCUGCCACCAGCGAAGGCUUGGAUCUGAGACUGAUGGCCUUGAGUUUUGCCGUCCCAACGAAGUCCCUCGAUGGCACACAGCCGUUUUCGCCUCCCGCGCCAGUGCGUGGCAGCAAGCCCGGAAGCGAAGGCGUAUCGUUCCUCUGGCAGUCGCCCGCCAGCGAAGCGGUCAUGUUCAUGGGCGACAAGUGGAUUGAGCUGCACGCAUACGCCUCUCAGAUGAUAGACCGGCGCAGCUCGAGCGCCUCCUCGCCAGCGCUCUUGGCCAACAAGGAGGUGGGCAAGCAGCACUCAGCCUGGAUGGAGUACGCGGUGCAGCUCGCCCGGCUCCGAGGCUAUUUCACGCUGUACCCCGGCAAGGAGACGGCCGGCGUCAUUGCCGGCGUUCACACCGACCUCUCCAAUAAGCCGGAAGAGUAUGACGACUCCGCCAUGUCCUCCAAAGACAGGGAGCAGGAGGGGUUCGUCGACAGGGUCAGCCGAGCUUUUGACCCCGGAUCGUCGGUGGACGUACUAGAGACGCUGCCCAAGCGCGGCGAAUUGCAGCCGCCCGAGGACCUACCGAUAUUGUCUUGGGACGGCAAGCAAAAGAGCUUUGCCAAGUUCCUCAUGGACACGGCCGAGUUCGUGGACGACUUUCGGCGGCAGGUCGGGCACUGCUCCGAGGAAGACUUGGAGACGUCGCCGCUGCCGGAUUCGUACGCGAGGGACCUGUUUUGCGAUGCCAAUAGAGUGGGUUGA